AUGAACCAAUUCCAAUUAUUCCCUCCUAUCUCGCCCGUGAGAGGGAACCAGAAUCCGUUUCGCAAGGGCACCAAAAAACCAACUGUCAAGGUUGAGUCUGGGUCUCCAAUUCCUUUCGAUGAGAUCAAAGAUUCUACCAAGACCGAGGCAGUAAUACUCCAAAUUAUCGAAGAUACUCAGUCUUUUCCACCGCCACCACCAUCAAGAGCACCUGCUGUGAGAAACAAGUCCCCAGCAACGACAGAAGCGUCGUCUGCCUCCAAAUCUCCUCAGUCCCCGCGCAAUUGGAGCCGCCCGCCCAAGGCAAAUCGGGCGUUGCCUUCACAAAGCCCGAGUAACACUAGCGUUAGCAGCAGGGCUGCAACAUCAGCUGCAUCACCACAAUCCUCACACUCUUCGGUUUCCCCAGUCCCAAUGAAAUCGAUGUUUCCACAGUUAGAUUCGAAGCUCCCACUCAAUAAGCAGAACUUGAACGCUCUGAUGUCUACCGAACGCCCGACUGCAAAACCUCGCAGGCCUCAACUUACUCUUUUGCCGCCAUCGUCGGAUAUUGAUCAGACUCUGGGGCCAAAGACAGUUCCUGCAAGUGUGCUCAACUUUCCCACUGGGAUGUUAGAGCCAGAGGAGAUCCGCUAUUCUUCCCCGCAGGAGUUGGACUUGCUAUGGGAGGCUGCCAAUGGCCAACGUGCUCAGAAUUUGUUUGGAACAUUCAACAUGCGCAUGACAAGAACCGGACCGGCGACAUUCACAUUCGGCAACACCCAGCACCCAUUCUAUACAUUGGAGACAUACGAAAAUGAUGAACUUUCUAUUUCUCGCGGAGCUCCAUCCAAGCCUAAUAGUGAUGUGCCUAUUAUGACACUAAGUCUCGAGGAGCGCAGUCGUCGAGAGCACCCUAACGACGGGGUUGUCGCACUCCUUUUCUCCAGGCUGGCUGCCAUGCUCGCCAUUGAACAGGCCGACGAGAUUAGCAAGCAACAUCAACUCGCUGGGUCUGAGGCGGCCGAGGUCGAGAGGAAUGCCCUCAAACGUGCUGCUGCGCAAGAGUCCUGCCGCCUAUCCUGGAACCGUAACCUGCGACUCUACGAGCUUCAUCAUCCUUCGCUGUCGAAACGCCAGCCCGCGGCUCUAGUGGGAGCUGCCGGUAUCCCGCUCUCUCCUGUACGGACUCAAUCUUCGGGUACGCUGCACAUCACCGUCUCUGAACCAUCUAGUGACGCAUCACCACGUCAACCACCGACCAUCAUUGUCACUGGGCCAGUAUCUUCUACAGCCAUGGCAGCGGCACAGCAAGCCGCUACCGCGCGUACGUCCACACUGCCCGUAACAGACGCUGAUGAGCCGCUGGCGGCUCUGGACUUCGCAACACGAACUCUGUCCAUUUGCCCAGCUGCCGUAAGUGCAACGAUUCCCUCGCUAUACGCCAUAGAUUCCCUCGUCGCAGCUAUGCUCGCCGUCGCGGUCUCAGACGAAGCCACCAACCCCAUCCUGGCAGACAUGGAGCUUGGAUCACCUCUGAUAGAGCCGGGUUAUAUUUCCCAGUCGAGCAAUUCGAUGAAAUUUAAUGGGCCGCUGAUCACGACACUGGCCGAGCGCGAAGACUAUGCUCAAAGCAUGCAGCUGGCAUAUCAAAUAGAAUCUGCAAAUGCCUCGGCAGAGUUCGCUCCCAAGAGGAAAAGCUUCUUCAAGUUCUGGAAUCGAACACCGUCUGCGCCACAGAGUCGGCGGAAGUCGAAGAAGAAGCAGGAGAUUGUGAUCGAGGAAUUUGACUUGGAGAAAUACGGUCGAUACGGACAUUCUUCGUCGCGUCGGGGGGAAAAAUUGCCCGGAAUUACUCGGAGUGUAUUGAAGAUUCUGUUCUUCGGGUUGGAUUUGCUUGUUAAGAGUUUGACCCUUCUUGUGAAGAUACUGGCUUGGUUAUUGGUUAAUUCGACGCGUUGUGUGACGAGUGAGAGGUUUUGA